UAGGAGUGAAUCACCCAACCGGCCAAUAGCUAUUGGAAUGAUUCUCCAUGUGUGACUUUGUUGCGUUAUUACAGGAUAGACCAGCCCAGCCAUCGGUUGCAGAUGUUCAUUUGUGAUGCUGCCUUAAGGAGAUGAAGAGAUGAGAGCAAAUUGUUCCAGCAGCACAGCCUGCCCUGCCAACAGUACAGAGGAGGAGUUGCAAGUGGGGCUGGAGGCAUAUGGGAACCUGAAACUUGUUUUCACAGUGUUGUCAGCCGUGAUGGUGGGUUUGGUCAUGUUCUCCUUGGGAUGCUCCGUGGAUAUCCGGAAGCUAUGUCUGCACAUCAGGAGACCUUGGGGCAUCGCUGUGGGAUUGCUGUGCCAGUUUGGGCUGAUGCCUCUUACAGCCUAUCUCCUGGCCAUCAGCUUCUCUCUGAAGCCAGUCCAAGCUGUAGCUGUUCUCAUCAUGGGAUGCUGCCCAGGGGGAACCACCUCUAACAUUUUCACCUUCUGGGUCGAUGGAGAUAUGGAUCUCAGCAUCAGUAUGACCACGUGUUCCACAGUGGCUGCCCUGGGAAUGAUGCCACUCUGCCUUUAUGUCUACACCUGGACCUGGAAACUUGAGCAGAAUUUAAUCAUCCCCUAUCACAACAUAGGAAUUACUCUUGCUUGCCUCACCAUUCCAGUGGCUUUUGGUGUCUAUGUGAAUUACAGGUGGCCAAAACAAUCCAAAAUGAUUCUCAAGAUUGGAGCUAUUGUUGGUGGGUCCCUCCUUGUGGUGGUUUCGAUUGCUGGUGUGGUGCUGUCUAGAGGAGCUUGGAAUUCAGACUUCACUCUUCUGAUCAUCAGUUUCGUCUUUCCAUUGAUCGGUCAUCUUGCGGGCUUUCUGCUGGCAAUUCUUACCCGACAGACUUGGAAGAGGUGCAGGACUAUUUCUUUGGAAACUGGCACUCAGAAUAUUCAGAUGUGUAUCACCAUGCUCCAAUUAUCUUUCAAUGCUGAACAACUGGUCCAGAUGUUUAACUUCCCAUUGAUGUAUGGGCUCUUUCAACUAGUGGUUGGAUUUAUCAUUAUUGCAGCGUACCAGACAUACAAGAGGAGACUGAAGAACAAACAUGGAAGUAUGAACCUUGAUUGUACGGAAGGCCAUCAUGAGGAGAAAACCACCUCUGCUAAAGAGACCAUUGCAUUCCUGGAGGUGGAUGAAGAAACCACCACAAUUCCUGGGCCAACAGAGGCAGUAGAUCUUUUGUACCUGCCAGCCACAUCUCUUCAUGGGACUAGUUAG